UUGUAAUUCUUCCACUGCAAUUUUGUGUUGUCAUAAAUGCCUCAGAUUGAAUUGAAUUGAAUGCAAUGCCGUAGCUCUUCCAUCGGCGGCAUUGCACAAUAUCUUCAGCCCAGCAAAGCGAAGUAACAAUGAGCAGCAGGUCCAGAGCCCCACUCUCCAUUAAUCUUAAGCUCAUUCUUCUUCUAUUUCUCUUUCUUUCCAUCCUCUUAUUAGUAAUUAGGUCGGGUUUUCAAUCUUCUCAGCCAUCCCCCGUUGCACAAACCCAUGUUUCCAAUUUGACAGAAGAAGCAGAAUCAGCCUGCCCCUCUCUGACUCUUCCCUUCACUCCAAGUUGCACAAAAACCCCGCCUUCUUUGGCCAACGCUCUCAUCCACUACGCAACCACCAACAUAACCCCCCAGCAAACCCUCAACGAAAUCUCGGUGUCCGCCACAAUCCUGCAAAGAAAGUCCCCCUGCAACUUCCUGGUUUUCGGGCUGGGCCACGACAGCCUCAUGUGGACGGCUCUCAACCAUGGAGGCCGCACAGUCUUUCUGGAAGAAGACGAGGCAUGGAUCCACCAAAUACAGCAGCGGUUGCCCUCGCUGGAAGCUUAUCACGUGCAUUACGACACCAAGGUCCAUGAGGCGGAUGAGCUGAUGAAGAUGGGAAUGGAAGAAGAGUGCCGGGCGGUGGGAGACCCAAGAUUUUCCAAGUGCCAGCUCGCGCUCAAAAGGUUCCCAAGCGAAGUUUACGACAUGGAAUGGGACUUGAUUAUGGUGGAUGCGCCCACUGGGUACUUCAACGAGGCCCCCGGAAGGAUGAGCGCAAUCUACACGGCUGGCCUCAUGGCCAGGAACAGAGUGGAGGGUGACACUGAUGUGUUUGUUCAUGACGUGGACAGAGUGGUGGAGGACAAAUUCUCCAUGGCUUUUCUCUGCGAAGGAUAUCUGAGGGAACAACAGGGGAGGAUCAGGCACUUCAACAUUCCAAGCCAUAGGACUCGCCAGGGCAGACCUUUUUGCCCAUAGCCGUAUCCCACUUCCCCUGUUUUGGAGAUCUCGUUUUUUUUCAAUUUUCAAUUCAAGGAUUAUUAAUAUUUUAUCUGUCAAGGAGCUUGUUUAUUUUAUGCAAAACCAUUUUGUCUUUAUUGCCAUACAGAAUAGUAAAAACAGAGAGAUUCCUCGUUU